GCCAUUCAUGGAUGUUCCCUGGCACUGUUGGUGAUCGCUUUGUUGUGUGUUGUGUUUGAUUGUACGCAGGAAGUGGAUAAAACCUGUGCCUAACUUUCUCCAUCGAAAGUGGUUCCAUUGCGACGGUUGAUAUUGGUGCUUGGAAAGCCUCUACACGCCUUAUCAUCAACGCCGCCACUAGCUACACAUACCAACGGUAGAAAAUGGAGCAUAUCAACACACCAAAGAUUGAAAAUGUUCGUAUGAUUGACAGAUAUAACAGCAAAAAUCCAACCGUCGGUGUGCUGUACCUUACGGCCACGCAUCUCAUAUUCGUCGAUCCGGAUGCCAACAAAGAGACAUGGGUUCUGUACAUGCACAUCGCGAACGUGGAAAAGUUGCCCCUGAGCACAACCGGCUCACCGCUGCUGAUACGCUGCAAAACGUUCCUCUCCAUCACGUUCGUCAUACCGAAGGAACGCGAAUGUCACGACGUCUACACCACACUGACGAAGCUGUAUCAACCGGUGCACAUCAAGAAUCUGUACUGCUUCCAGUACACGACCGCAGCCAAGGAACUGCCCAAGGCAGCCGGCUGGGACUAUUUCAAGCUGGAGCACGAGUUCAAGCGGAUGCGCGUCCCGAACGACCAGUGGAGUGCCUGUGCGCUCAAUCAAAACUAUGAGCUGUGUGACACGUACCCGCGGCAAAUCUACGUGCCGGCCGAUGCCAACACGCAAAUCCUGCUCGGCAGUUCGCGGUUUCGUUCGAAGGGUCGGCUACCUGCGCUUACCUAUUUGCACUCGAACAAGGCGUCCAUCUGCCGUUGCAGUCAGCCACUGUCUGGCUUCAGUGCCCGGUGUCUCGAGGACGAACAAAUGCUGGAAACGAUACGCAAGACUAACCCCAACUGCAACUUUAUGUACGUCGUUGACACGCGGCCAAGGAUUAACGCCAUGGCAAACCGGGCGGCCGGCAAGGGCUAUGAGAAUGAGGCGAACUAUGAAAAUAUCAAGUUCCAGUUUCUCGGUAUCGAAAACAUUCACACGAUGCGUGCCAGUCUGCAGAAGCUGAUUGAAUGCUGCGAACAAAAGUCGCCCACGAUGAGUGGAUUCUUAAGUGCCCUGGAAUCUUCCGGCUGGUUAAAACACAUUCGAUCGAUACUGGAUACAUCCUGUUUCAUUGCAAACGCUGUCGAUAAAGGGAUUUCCGUUGUUGUACACUGCUCGGAUGGUUGGGAUCGAACGGCACAAGUAUGCUCUCUAGCCGCUCUUAUGCUGGAUCCGUAUUACAGAACCAUUAAAGGAUUUCAGGCACUGAUUGAAAAGGAUUGGCUUGCAUUCGGCCACAAAUUCAGCGAUCGCUGCGGACACAUCCAAAACGAUCCGAAGGAAGUAUCUCCCGUAUUUACCCAGCUGCUCGAAUGCACCUGGCAGCUGAUGCAGCAGCGUAACGAUGCGUUUGAGUUUAACGAACGAUUCCUGCUCAUCCUGCACGAUCACGUCAUGUCCUGCCAGUACGGCACCUUCGUGGGCAACUGUGAAAAGGAUCGAUUAGAUCUACGGCUAGCGGAGAAAACUUUCUCCCUCUGGGGCUACAUGUCGAACCAUCUGAACGAGUACAUUAAUCCACUGUAUCGACCCGAGAUGGAUGAAACGAUAAAACCAAAUCUUGCACCACAAAACAUAAAGUUUUGGCGCGGCAUGUACAGCCGGUUCGAGAGUGGCAUACAUCCGCGGGAACCGUUGGAGGAUUUGUUGAUCGCUAGCAAGGAUCACUGCACCUCGCUGGAAGAUCACGUACAGCAUCUGACGAAGCGUAUCAACAGCUUCAAGAAUAUGCUUUCCAAGUCGGCCAAACGGUUGCAGGGUGGCAGUGCGGCGUUACAGUCUCGGUACGGUGCGGAUACGCGGGGGCCUAUCGAGGUGAACGAUAAUCGGUAUAAUUAUGAUCGGAAGCUCAGCGAACUGUCGGCGGCGGACGAUGAUCAUCCGCUGAAGACGAGCGAUUUUUCGUUCUCCAAUCUAUCGAUUUCAGAAUACAACAAUGAAGUGGACAAAGUGAAUGAAGACAUCAACACGGUCGCUGUCGAAUGGAAAUCGCUCCGGUCGGUCGUAAACUGUCCCACCUGCUCCAUACCUUUCGAUCAAAUUACAAAGAAGAGCCACUGCUGGAAAUGUGGAGAAGUAUUCUGCGGUCGAUGCAUCGAUAAAACGCUAUCCCUUCCGGGGCACGAAAGUGGCACUCCGGUGCCAGUUUGUCGACAGUGUUUCCGUGUCGUGCAGCAAGUGAGUCCCUAA